UAUUAUUUUUAUUAGUUCUUCAUCCUUAACUGGUGGAUGAGGGAAUGAAGAAGCUGUGUAUGGAUACGUUGUUCUACUGAGUACUGAAACACCAAGAUCAUGGCUACUGAAAACCUUGGGGACUCCUCGCAAUUAAAGCUGAAAAGUCACAGAUGUCUCUACUGUAUGGCAGUAGGUAGCAAACUUUGUCUAGAUUGUGAAGCCUAUCUUUGCCGUGAUCACCUAGAGGCACAUAAUUCGGUAGGACAGCACACCCUAACUGAAUUGACCACUGACAUGCAGACAAGAAAGUGUGCUACUCAUCAAAAACUCCUAAAAUACAACUGCUGUGUGGAUAACGUUUAUGUCUGUGAGUUCUGUGUUGUACUUGGUAAUCACAUAGGACACAAAGUGGAAUUAAUAAGUGACAUGGCCAUGGCUGUGAAGUCGUCACUUGAAGAACUUUUGGACAAUCUGAUCAAGAAGUCCAAAGAAUCUGAAUACCAUAUUCAUGAAGCAGCGGCCACAAGGGAUGACAUCCAUAAAAGAGCUGCUGAUCUACAAAGACGAGUCACUAUGAUGCUUACAGAUCUUAAACAAGAGCUGGAAGGUGAGGAGAGGAAGAUUUUGAGUGAGAUCACAAAUCAAGUAGACGAGAAAGACUUUAAUAUUGCUAGAUUUUUCUCUAAAAAGAAAGAAGAAACAUUUAAGCUUAAUGCCCACGGGGCUAAGAUCAAAGGUAUUAUAAAUUCUACUGACCCAAUGACCAUUGUCGAGAAAGGAACUCAGUCAAUUAACAAGACCAAAAUGCUAAUAGACGAGGUUCAAGGCAGACUGGAAGUUACAGGAUUGAAUGCGUUAUUGGUAACAGUGCAUUUAGAGUCUGGGCUAAUCAAGGUAAUAAAACGCAUUCCACAACUUCAAAAAAAACAUGGUUUUGCAGUGCAGAAUGAAAUCUAUAUAGAGCCGAUGAAUGCCAAUCAUCCAACUGAAGGCAGUGCCUCUGAACUUGGAAGUCCACUGGACUCAUCAAUGAAUCUUAAGGAAAAAGAUCAUUUGACAGUAUAUACACCAGAAAAAAGAACACAGGGUGAGAAACAUGCAUUGGGAAUGCGAGGUGCGGCCCAUCGCUGUGCUACAAAGAUACUGGGCCGAUUAUACUGCAAGAAACCUUCUCGUUUGUCAACUUACCCUAUUUCAUUUUCUCUUUUAUUCUUUUCACUUUUUUGCUUUUUUUGUUUUUGCUUUUUGCAUUACUGCAAUACUGAAUGCUGAUUGAUAAAGGGGAUAAGAAUUAUUAUCUCAGCGUUUAGGAGUGACAAAUUAUUUUUAGAUAAGUUUUCCAAUAGA